UCACAAUUUAAGGAUUACUUAAUGAUAAACGUUAAAAAUAUACAGAAAAUUAUGCAAACACGUGAUAUGAAAAAAAAACUAUUGUGUCAUUGGCUAUGGAAUAUUUUUUUAUACGAUGCUACGCCCUGCAUUGAAUAACCAGUUAGAUAACAAAGAUUUGUUGAAGGAAUAAUACGAAGUUAUUUUUCCGGAUUCAAAUUACAUGACAAACAAUCAAGUAUAGAUAAUAUUAUUCUGAAAAGAAAAUGCAUGUAAUCGCUCACGCAUUAUAAGUAAUGUAGGAUUAUACGUAUAGCAUACAUAUAAUGCAGUAAGCACAAUUCAUUAAUUUACUACUCUUAUCAAGUAAGAUAAUGUUCAUGUUGUUCAGUUUUAUCCAAUUAAUUAGUCAUUAUAUGAUAGUGAAUGGUGAAGAAAUUGAUCAAAUGAAAACGGUACAUAAGUAUGGUAUACUCGCAUGUUCGUGCUAUUCCAAAAUACGUAAAUUUCUACAGACAUAUUAUGCCUGGUCGCAUGGCCGAAAUUAUUGACUUAACUGUCGAUUCAAAGCGUCUAAAAACGCAUGGCGUAGAAUCACUACUGGAAAAACAUCGAGUUCGUUAUUAUACUCGACAUAUAACCUCAACAAUUUUAUUAACGUUCCGAAACCUUAUAAAUUUUAUUUUCGAAUAUUUUAUAAAUUUUGGAGUCACAAAUGGUUCGAACUAUCAUUUACGGCUUGACCACGCGUACGGAAGAGGGCUGACGCGCGAGGGUCAGAAACUAACCCCCAAAAAAAUGUAUACGUCGUCCUUUCGGAACGAAACACACUUUACUAUCGUAAUUAAACGUAAAUUAUAUAGAAUUUAGAAACCUUAACGAAAAAGUAUUAAAGCAUAAUAAGAAUUUCGACUUACCCGAUGCGUAAAAGAACUCCAGAACUUGAUAUAAACCGGAUGAAUUCUCACUCACAAACACGAAACUUAACAGCAAUCACGAUACAAUGGCGAACAGCGGGUGCGUAGCAGGGACUGAGCUAAUGCUCUCGCCAUCUGUCGAGCAUUUCGCCAAAUUAUUGACGAAAAGGACAUUUUCCAUUGGUCCGUCUCCUCCAAUCAGGGUAUAGCUUCGAUUUACGCGGGAAUGCUUUGGCGCUACGCAGCCAUAUUGUAAAUUCAUUCGAAUUAUAAGUUGAUAACUGUAAAAUCAAAAAAAUGAACUUUAAUAUUCAUAAUCUUAAUCAAUCAUUAUCUGAAACGGAAUUACAAUAUGAUGAGAUUCACGCAAACUUGAAUUCUAAUGAAUUAUAUCAAAUGCAUAGAGAAAUAAACGAUGUUAAAUCAAAAUUACUCGAAUGUCAAAAAGAAUAUGAAUAUACAGAGGUAGAAAUACAUAAUGUCAAUCAAUUGAAAGAUAAAGGAAUAUAUGUAUUAAAUAAUGUAGAAAGAAAUUACAAUAAUUUAGAUGAAGAGUUAAAACAAAUUCAUUGUAACUAUAUAAAAUGUAUGCAGAAAGUUAAUUCUGAUAAUGACACUAUUCAACAAAGAAUUAAUUCGUUAACAAUGCAAAGAGAUAAUUUAAGAAAGAAAUUGGAUGAAUUAGAGAAAACAACAGAUGAAAAUAAUAAAAAAUUGAUAGAAAUUAAAAAUAUGAUUAUAAUUCAAGAGGUACAUUUCAUUAUAUAA